AUGUCUUUGUUUGACGAUUUUAUGGAAUCGUCCGAAACGGCGCCUGCACCCGUGACACCUGCCUACGGUGAAGGUUACUCGGCCGACAAUGCUUACACUGGAGGAGGAUUUGCGGCGGGAGCGGACAAUGUUCGCCUGGAGACCGGUUACGUGUCCACCGGGUUUGGACAGAUAGAAGUCCCGAUAUUCGCCCUCGCCUAUGUUCAAUUCCAGCUGCCAGCCACCUUGGUCGAUAUGGCCGUAUCCAAUAAUAUCUUGGUUGUCGCCUUGGACACCUUUCGCAUCAUCCGGAUCGACCUUGACAAUCCACUCGAAGUCGAAGAUAUUGAAAUCACACGAAAACCCGGUGACGGAAAAAUCGUAAAGAUCUUUUUUGAUCCUACAGGACGCCAUUUAAUUAUCACCACGGAUCACGGCGAAAACUAUUAUCUGUAUGAGAAAUGGCGAAGAACGAAGCAGCUUUCAAAGCUCAAGGGUGUAACGAUUUCAUCGAUUGCAUGGAACAAGCAAGUAACGUUGACAGAUCCUUCCACACGAGAAAUAUUGAUUGGCACCAAGAAUGGACUUAUUUAUGAGACGUGUUUGGAACCGACGGAUGAAUUCUUUCGUCGCGAAGAAAAAUACUUUAAACAAGUGUAUUCCAUUCACGAGACCACCAUGCCCAUCACCGGUCUGCAUUUCGAACAAUUUCCCGUUAACAACCGCAAAUACUUUGUCAUGGCUACCACGCCUACGCGGAUUUACCAGUUUGUGGGCUUCGUUGGCCCGGCCAGCGGCAGUCGAUCACCGGCCGGAUUCGGCGAAUCCGACGAUCGUACCGAGAAAGCCAUGUUUGAAGGCCUGUUCUCAAAGUACGACGUGAAUCCAGGUUUCCAAGAAUUACCGGGCGAUCUUUCGUACAGCGAACUUCACUUUUUCAGUCGGUUUCAUGAGUUACAGCAGCAGGGUGUGGCACAGACAUUUGCAUGGUUGACAGGCCCUGGUAUUUACCACGGAAACCUGGUGUUUGGUUCACAAAAUGCGGGUGACAGUGUCAUUGACAAUGUUCAGCUCCUUCAAUACCCUGCUCGGCCAACCGAUGACAUGCCAGGACAACUCGUGACAGAAAUCCCCAUCUCUGUCGCCUUGACGGAAUUCCAUUUUAUCCUAUUGUAUAAAGAUCGUGUCCGCGCCAUCUGUCAGCUGAACGACAAAAUCGUCUAUGAAGAAAUGAUUCCACUCAAUCGAGGGGAAACCGUGCGUGGUAUGACGGUGGACGAUAUCAAAAAGGAGUUUUGGAUUUAUACAUCGGCGGCCAUUUACGAAUUGGGGAUCAAGAAUGAAGAACGUGAUGUAUGGAAAUUGUAUCUGGAGAAGAAGCAGUACGAUACCGCGCUUCAGUACUGCAAGGAUCCGGCCCAAAAGGACAAGGUGUACACGGCCCAAGCCAAGGAUUAUUUCCAGCAGCGACGGUACCAGAUGAGCGCCAAGUACUUUGCCGAAAGUACCGUGCCCUUUGAAGAAGUGGCGCUGAAAUUCGUGGAAAAGUCGGAACAAGACGCUCUACGCAUCUACCUGACAAACAAGCUUGAUCGUCUACGAAAGAAUGAUCGAAUGCAGAAAACGAUUGUGGCCACGUGGCUGGUGGAGAUCUAUCUUUCCAAAUUGAACGAACUGGAGGACAUGGCUUCGUCAGCUCAUUCGACGUCCACCAACAACGACACGAAUCCUGUCUCGGCCACCGGCUAUAAUUCCGCCGCUUAUUAUCAGGAACAGCUCAAGGAUCUGCAAGACGAAUUCAAAUCGUUCCUAGAGUCUUACAGCACUCACUUGCAUCGACCGACCACAUACAAAUUGAUUGCUAGCCAUGGCCACAACUCGGAGCUUUUAUACUAUGCGUCCUUGAUUGGCGAUUACGGGCGCGUGGUGAGCCAUUGGGUGAUUGAAAAGAACUGGGAAAAGGCAUUGGAAGUGUUGAGCAAGCAGGCGGAUGUCGAUAUUUUCUAUCACUUUUCGCCGGUGCUGAUGGAAAAUGCACCUUAUGAAACCAAUCAAGCCAUUCGAUACCUUUCUUACGUCGUCACCACACUCGGCAAUACGGAUCCUGCUAUUCACAAUUUCCUACUCACACUUUAUGCCACGCAACCUACCAGAGAUGAAACGGCGUUGCUCACGUUUCUAAAGAAUGAGGGUCGAGAAAUGCAUUACAAUCUCGAUUACGCUCUUCGCCUGUGCAGUCAAAAUGGGCGAACGCAAAGCUGUGUCCAUAUUUACAGCCAAAUGGGGCUUUAUGAGGAAGCGGUGCAUCUCGCUCUCAAGCACGAAGAUCUGGAACUAGCAAGAAUCAAUGCCGACAAACCAGAGGAUGAUCCCAUGUUGCGAAAGAAAUUGUGGUUAAGCAUUGCCAAACAUGUGGUUCAAGAAAACAAGGACAUCAAAACCGCCAUGGAAUUCCUCAAGGCAGGAGAUCUGUUAAAGAUUGAAGACAUUUUGCCCUUCUUUCCUGAUUUCGUGCUGAUUGACGAUUUCAAGGUACGGCUCAACCAUAUCUGA